AUGAAUCGGAACGCCAUAGCUCAGAAUAUCCUACAAGAUGUUGCGAAAACCCAAACUCAUCCUAAGACUGUCCGAAAUAGCACUCGACUUCUGGCCAAGCUGCGGCGAGAUAAGGCUCAACAACCUGACCCCGACACACAUCUUGAUCUUCCCUUGCCCUGCACUAUCAAGAAAAUUCAGUUCUCCAAAUCAUGGGAUACGUGCUUUACGGGUCCUACCGCGUCAGCUCGCUUGAAGCAGCAGCUUGAAACCCGUGAAUCAGCUGCUUCUACAUCGCCUAGUGAGGAAUCGGAUGAGUUCCGAGAGAUAAAGCUUGCUGCAGUGGUAGAGCAUCAGAAGUCGAUUGACCGAUACGAAACAUCACCGCGACAUAUUUCUUCUGCCUUGAGGCCUCACAGUGAUCCGAACGCCGCCUGGAAGACCAACUUAGAGGAAUCGAGGUUGACUGCCAUGCAAAAUCAACGUUGGUAUGAGCAAGGCGAAUGGAAGCCAAAAAACUUAUUCACCGUGCCAAAUAAAAUCACUGAUAAGAAAGAAUACUAUCAAUCUUUCUACUCUUGGCUCUCUUCCAUUCCAACAAACUCGGACGUAGUGAUGGACACCAACCGCAAGGCCUUCUUCGACGGAACUGCCGUCCCAGAUGGUGACCAUGGGUUUAUGAUUCAGAGACUAGAGCACCCAAGCCCACCUUGCGACAUGAGUGACCAGAAGACGAGGUCUCACUGGCACGAAACAGCCGCCCAGUAUGUUUUGAAUUACAAAAACCUUAUCUAUGAGCCCAAGGUUGAUGAAGGAGUGAGCGAAGUGAGCGAAGUAAUUACCCGUUCAGCUACUCCAUAUCUCCGUUUUGCUACAUAUGAUGAUGCUGAUGGUCUGACGGAAAUUUUCAAAACCUACGCUGGAAACUCUCCAUUGAGCUCUCACCUAAAUACUAGCGCGGGAUAUGUCAGAAACAUCAUCAGCUGUUGCACCGAGGCUUGGCUCCCGUUUAUCGUCGCCGUUCAGCCAACCUAUGAUCCCGAGACCAACACAUACCCGCAGGAGGAGGUUCUAGGGUACGCAUAUAUCAAGAUGUUCAGCGACUACCCUCAGACAGGGGAGUACACUGGAGAAUUGGAAGUGUUUGUAGCGAAGAAGCAUCAGAAGCAGAAUCUUGGCCGGUCACUGGUCGGCAUGAUUCUGACGCUCUGCAGUUCCGAGCACAAGCAUUUGGAUGGCACCCCUUACAAAUGGCACAGUCCUGACUGCAUCGGCAAAGACAGACUGAAAAUUCGCCCUUUGAUGACUCUUCUUUGUGGCAUUGCCUACCCAUCCGACUUGAAGGAAGAUGUGGAGUGGAUCCCAGAAUGGCUGAAGAGAGAAUUCGACUUUGAAAAACAGGGCACCUUAAAGAAAUUCCGCGUUCAACACAAUAUUCCGUAA